CCGGGCCAGGUAGGAACGCGGAGCCGCAGCCGCCUCGGCCAUGCGGCUGCCGGACCGGAGGCCUGGGCUGGGGCCCGCGCCACCCCCCGCGCGCCGCCCCCGCUGAGCCCGCGCCCGACAGGGCGCAGCAGGCACCAUGGUGCAGAAGUCGCGCAACGGUGGCGUGUACCCCGGCACUAGCGGGGAGAAGAAGCUCAAGGUGGGCUUCGUGGGGCUGGACCCCGGCGCGCCAGACUCCACUCGCGACGGCGCGUUGCUCAUCGCCGGCUCCGAGGCCCCCAAGCGCGGAAGCGUUUUGAGCAAGCCGCGCGCGGGCGGCGCGGGAGCGGGGAAGCCCCCGAAGCGCAACGCCUUCUACCGCAAGCUGCAGAAUUUCCUCUACAACGUGCUGGAGCGGCCCCGCGGCUGGGCGUUCAUUUACCACGCCUACGUGUUUCUCUUGGUCUUCUCCUGCCUUGUGCUUUCCGUAUUUUCCACCAUCAAGGAGUACGAGAAGAGCUCGGAGGGGGCCCUCUACAUCUUGGAAAUCGUGACCAUCGUGGUGUUUGGCGUUGAGUACUUUGUGAGGAUCUGGGCUGCAGGCUGCUGCUGCCGGUAUCGAGGCUGGAGGGGCAGGCUCAAGUUUGCCAGGAAGCCGUUCUGUGUGAUUGACAUCAUGGUGCUGAUUGCCUCCAUUGCUGUGCUGGCUGCUGGAUCCCAGGGAAAUGUCUUUGCCACAUCUGCACUUCGGAGCCUGCGGUUCCUGCAAAUCCUACGGAUGAUCCGUAUGGACCGGAGGGGCGGUACCUGGAAGCUCCUGGGAUCGGUGGUGUAUGCUCACAGCAAGGAGCUGGUGACUGCCUGGUACAUCGGCUUCCUCUGCCUCAUCCUGGCCUCAUUUCUGGUGUACUUGGCAGAGAAGGGUGAGAACGACCACUUUGACACCUAUGCAGAUGCACUCUGGUGGGGCCUGAUCACCCUGACAACCAUUGGCUACGGGGACAAGUACCCUCAGACCUGGAAUGGGAGACUGUUGGCAGCGACGUUUACCCUCAUUGGUGUCUCGUUCUUCGCUCUUCCUGCAGGCAUUUUGGGAUCUGGCUUUGCUUUGAAAGUCCAAGAGCAGCAUCGGCAAAAGCACUUUGAGAAGCGGCGGAACCCUGCGGCAGGUCUGAUCCAGUCUGCUUGGAGAUUCUAUGCUACUAACCUCUCACGCACCGACCUGCACUCCACGUGGCAGUACUACGAGCGCACAGUCACUGUUCCCAUGUACAGCUCUCAAACCCACACCUAUGGGGCCUCCAGACUCAUCCCGCCUCUGAACCAGCUGGAGCUGCUAAGGAACCUCAAGAGCAAAUCUGGACUCACUUUCAGGAAGGAGCCACAACCAGAGCCAUCACCAAGUAAAGGCAGACCGUGCCGAGGGUGCCUGUGUGGAUGCUGCCCGGGACACUCUAGUCAGAAGGUCAGCUUGAAAGAUCGUGUCUUCUCCAGCCCCCGAGGCGUGGCUGCCAAGGGGAAGGGGUCUCCCCAGGCCCAGACGGUCCGGCGGUCCCCCAGUGCUGAUCAGAGUCUCGACGACAGCCCAAGCAAGGUGCCCAAGAGCUGGAGCUUUGGUGAUCGCAGCCGUGCACGCCAGGCUUUCCGAAUCAAGGGUGCUGCAUCCCGGCAGAACUCAGAAGAAGCAAGCCUCCCUGGGGAGGACAUCGUGGAGGACAACAAGAGCUGUAACUGCGAGUUUGUGACUGAAGAUCUCACCCCUGGUCUCAAAGUCAGCAUCAGAGCUGUGUGUGUUAUGCGGUUCUUGGUGUCUAAGAGAAAGUUCAAAGAGAGUCUGCGCCCGUACGACGUGAUGGAUGUCAUUGAACAGUACUCAGCCGGACACCUGGACAUGUUGUCCCGCAUCAAGAGCCUGCAGUCCAGGCAAGAGUCCCUGCCUGUCCAGUCUGGGCAUGAACAGGGCCCUCCGGGACAAAACCAGGCGUGGCACAAGGGGCACCAAGGGCUGGGUGACAGGAUAGAUAUGAUUGUGGGCCCCCCACCCCCUUCAACUCCCCGGCACAAGAAGUACCCUACCAAAGGACCCACGGCCCCUUCGAGAGAGUCACCCCAGUACUCACCUAGAGUGGACCAGAUUGUGGGGCGGGGCCCAACAAUAACGGACAAGGACCGCACCAAAGGCCCAGCAGAGACGGAGCUGCCCGAAGACCCCAGCAUGAUGGGACGGCUUGGGAAGGUGGAGAAACAGGUCUUGUCCAUGGAAAAGAAGCUAGACUUCCUGGUGAGCAUCUACACGCAGCGAAUGGGCAUCCCACCAGCAGAGACAGAGGCCUAUUUUGGGGCCAAGGAGCCUGAGCCAGCACCACCCUACCACAGCCCAGAGGACAGCCGUGAGCAUGCAGACAAGCAUGGCUGUAUCAUUAAGAUCGUCCGCUCCACCAGCUCUACAGGCCAGAGGAACUACGCUGCACCCCCAGCCAUGCCCCCUGCCCAGUGUCCUCCAUCCACCUCAUGGCAGCAGAGCCACCAGCGCCAUGGCACCUCCCCUGUAGGAGACCAUGGCUCACUGGUACGCAUCCCACCACCCCCCGCACAUGAGCGGUCGCUGUCUGCCUACGGUGGGGGCAACCGGGCCAGUACCGAGUUCCUGAGGCUGGAAGGCGCUCCAGCCUGCAGGCCCCCUGAGGGUGCCCUGCGGGAUAGCGACACAUCCAUCUCCAUCCCAUCUGUGGACCACGAGGAGCUGGAGCGCUCUUUCAGUGGCUUCAGUAUCUCCCAGUCCAAGGAGAACCUGGAUGCCCUCGGCAGCUGUUAUGCAGCUGUGGCGCCAUGUGCCAAGGUCAGGCCCUACAUCGCAGAGGGGGAGUCUGACACAGACUCAGACCUCUGCACACCAUGUGGGCCUCCCCCACGCUCUGCCACUGGUGAGGGCCCCUUCGGAGAUGUGGGUUGGGCAGGGCCCAGGAAGUGAGACUGGGCUGGGCUGCUGGGCCCCAGGCCACACCCACUCUGGUUCCUGGUUUGGAGCUGGAGUUCCAGGGCCUUUCCUAAAGUGACAGAAUGACACAGAGUAGUGUGGGUUGUCAGGAUGCUCAUGAGAUCUAGCUCUCAGGGUUCAUGUGGAGUGGAGGUGAGGCAGGGCUCCUUGGCAUACAUGGUAACAUUUUAUAGAAGUUCUUUUCCAACCAGGAGAGAGAGGCUGAGGCUGGGCCCUGGAGGCCCUGGGAGCUACCUAUGGCAGCAAAGCUAGCCCUGCCCAGUCUUCUUGGAGGACAGAUAUUGCCCUGUGAGUGAGGAGCAGCAGAGUGAUGGUGGCGCCUGUGAGUGGGGGUGUGGCUGGGAUCAAGUACAUGGGAGGUAGUGGUGAAGCAGGCCUGUCUACUGCUGAUGGCCAGUCCUGAAGCCCAGGUGUCUCCUAGCUUAGGCUGGAAACUCAGGAGGUAUAGUAGGUUGCUGGAUAUGGCCCACUCUCACACCUGACUGCUUAUCCCUCAGUUCCUGACUGCCCCAGUAACGCACUACCAGGCCCACUGUUUGUGUGUGGCUGGGAAAUGCCUCUUAUCCCUGGACACCUAGCUAGAGAGCUGCCGGCCAGCAUCUUCCUCCCUCUUCCAGGUUCUGUGGACCCUUCCAUGGGAGCCACCCUUAGAUCAGGACCCUUUUCCUGGAGUUGAGGAAGGGGUGAGUCCUUAGGGACCAACCUGGAGCUUAGAACUGACCCUUGGAUGCCCCCACUCCUGGCUUCCACCUCUUAGGGGAGGAACCAGCUCAUAGCCUUUUCCUGAAAGGGAUUCUUUGGGAGGUUCUGGCUGCCUCAUCCCUGGCACUGUAGCCCAGGAGGUCUGGGUUGAGACCUCAUGGCCUCACCUUUUCUUGGUGUGGUGCUGGUCUCCAGGCUGUGGCCAGUACUUCAAGAGAACCACCUGGUAAACAGACCAGCACUGUCCUUAGCCAGGGCACCAGCUUGCCUGCUGCCCACUUGGCUCUACAGAUCCAGGCAGGGCUGAAUGACAUGACAUUGUCAAACUGCCAGCUCUUUCUACAUGAGAUCAUGGCCUCUGCACCUGGUCAAGGAUCCUUCCCACGGAAGCUGGCUGUCCACAGUCAUUCAUCCACUAUAGGUUCCUUGGCUGUGGCCUCUGAGUGUUUGAGGGAAUUGGGAACACCUUGUCCUCUACUCCGGUUAUCAGGACUCUGUCCAUCUUGUGAGUGGGCAUCUUGGACCAUAUGGCAGCCAGCUUUAGAGGGAGACAAGGUAGAGUCCUCAGCUGUGGUCCUGCAACAUUUGGCCCAGAGGUGUCUGGCAUUCAAUGAUAGAAUUUUGGGGUGGGGGCCCCAGUCUCUCUGAGGCAACAGUUUUCCUGGUCACUGAGGGCAAGUAGAGCUUGAGCCUGGACAGAGCUCUACCCACUUCUCCCACCUUUAAAAAAAAAAAAUGUGUUCUGGCAGGGGUAGAAGCAGCUUGGGGGCCUAUGCCCAGCAGGAGGCACCCUAUACCCGUCUCUGUCAGGGGAGCUGGGUCUGCUGUCUACUAUGGCCUCCAUGUCCUCCAUGUCAGGGCUGCUAGGACUGCACCUCAGGAUGCCGCUGCUAGGCUCCUAGUUGAGAAACUAUGUCACAGUGUGUGCACACUGGUUCUCUAGGGUAGUGCUGUAGUCAACUCCUUGGAAGGAGAGAUGUCUCUUCCUAUGUGGGCAUGGCAGGCAGUGUAGGCAGGAAGAGCAGCUACCCCUUCACUAGCCUUCUCUUGGAGAGUUGAGCCCGGGUUCAGACCCACCUGACACACAGGUAGACUCCAGGGCAGAGGGACAAGCACAUCUGCCCUGGACAGACCAGCUGCCGGAGUACUCCUCCCCUAGACCUGGGUAGACCAGAGCUGUCUCAGCUCCAGGGAAUGUGGGAAGGAGGUUUGUGUCUGUCCGACAUGCUCCACACAGUAUGUCCUGCCUCGUAUGUGUGGCCCCACAUCCUGUCCCUAAAGCUGCCAUAAAUAGAAGAGCCUGACCUAGGGUUUGUAGGAUGGAGGUGGACAGGCACGCCCUCCCCAGAAACCCUAGCCACACAGAAUUUAUCAGAAGUCCUUAUUAGGGUCCAGCAAGAGGGAAACGGGGCCAUGGUCUGCUCUGCAGAUGAGGAGCAGUGGUCAAGACUUCUGUGUCCGCUACUCAAGGAAGAAGUUCAUCUCAAGGGGUGACAUGGAAACCCUGAUGUGAGAGAUGACCGAGCCCCUUCUUGGGGACCCAGACCCAGGCCUGAGCAACACAAAUGUCCACUGCCUUGGCAUCCCCACCCUCAGGGAAACAGGACAGGAUGGAGGCACUUUCUUGGGUAUUCACAUGUGACCAAGCAUGGCUGGAGGCCAGCAGCUGCCCCAUGGCAAAAUUUUCCCCAGAAAACAUUUGUCCCAACACAUUCUCUCACAUGCCUACCAUCACAUGCCCAUACACUGGGCAUGUAUGUACAUUCAUAUAUGUGCUCACAAAAGCUUACAGACCAUGCUUUUAUAUGCACACACAAGUAUUCACACAGACACAAGUGUACAUACAACAGGUGUACUUUCAAACACAUAUUCCUUGUUACACACAUACACAUAAAAGCUCACACACAGUUUGCCAGGUCACACAUAAUAGACCACACAUGUACACAUACAUAUGAACACGUGAACAUACAGGCUUAUAGGCUAUAUGUUAAUUCCACAUAUGCACAUACAACAGGAACCCGCUUUUAUACCUGCAUACUCACACAUAUGUACAUGUGCACACACGAGUAACCUGGAUGUAUAAUGUACACACACACACACACACACACACACACACACACACACACACACACACACACACACGUAGGCUUCACCCCCUCAAAACACACUUGAAUCUUUUUCUCUUUGGCUCUUCCUGAUGGGAGCUACCUUGGGAGGGUGCCACAAGAAUUAACGAUGAAUGUUCUAAAAUGUUGAGUACUGACUGGGGUGGGAGUUCUUGGUAUCUAGGGCUUCCAGGCCACAGUGGUAGAGGGUCCACCUGGAACCCAUUGAAUUCCCACACUGCCCUCCCCUUGGACUAGCUGGUAGUUGUAGGUGCCAAGAGAGGCUGUGGCUAGGUCAGGGUGAGGGCAGUUCUAGUGCCUACUGAGGUCCAGAUCAGUCUUUGCAUUGGGUCAGUCUUGGUAUUGGCCAGUUCCCAGUGCCCUCCUGUAUACAUGCCUGCUUCAUCAUGCCAGGCUGUGAUCAGUGUUUUCUGGCUUAACAUCUUCCUUUCUGAUCUUUUCAAUUAUGGCCUCUAGGAAGUGCACUCUUGUCUACCAGGGCCAGAAUACCUGGGGUGAGGGCCCAUCUGCUGUCCUUCACGUGGUCUGGGCAGACCAAGUGUCCUCUAAGCUAGCUGGUAUGCUUUCACCUUUAUGGGCCUCACUUGAAAUCCACACUAGACACUAAAUGGGCCUCUUUGGAGGGGACUCUCAGCUGUAGUCAGCCCCAGUCCCGAGACUGGAGAGACAUAUCCAGGCCCACCUUGUGUCCUUCAGUUUUCUGGGUGUAAGUAGUGCACAUAGUAGAGGCUAAUACACUUGCCCAUGGCUCACACCCCGACACCAACAGGACAUGUGGAUCUUUGUCUGAAGUCACAACCUCUUGAAAUAAACAUGAAAAACUUGAACAGUAGGGCCCACAGUAGAGGGACUCAGAUGUCUGGGUCACCUUGACCCCAGCAGGGUGGGCUGGGGUUAGAGUGGAGACUCUAUACAGAACACCCCUCAAGUCCAGGCUCACAUGGCUGGAAUGAUGUAGUCAUCUGCUACCAUGAUGCGGAGAGACUGGCCUUCCGCUCCCCUGAGACCUCCUAGGGCAUAAGAUGUAGAGGUCCAAGAAGAGUCUGCAGGUUACUGUGCCCCAGCUGAGCUAAGGAGGCAAGAGCUUCCCAGAGGAGGUAUUGUGAUGGAAAUGAGGGUUUCUAGAGAUCCAGGUGCCUCUUCUUUCUGAGGAGUCUUUAGCAUGUGCCCAACACAUGCCUUAGGCCUUAGGGCUUAGGGGGCCCAGUGGCCCUGUGAAUGAAUUGGGGCCACAGUUGAUGAAUUUUGCUUGUCUAUGAGGUGGUUCUAGCAGCAGAUCUUGGGGGGCACCAGAGGGAAGAGAGAAGGGGUUACACCCUAGUAAGGAGACCCACCAAAUGCCUAGCAGUGCCUGGGUUUUAAGUUUGUUCAGAGCUCUGUCAUAGAUGCUCACCUUGGUGUCCUGGCUGACAGAAGAUACUGGGUCUGGCCCAUGACCCACCCUGAAGUUCCCCCGGUGUCUAACUCCCUGUCAGAGAAGGGAUAGUCCCCAGGCUGUUCUGGGACUCUCAGGCAGGAGUGCACAUCGCUAACACCGCACAUCCAACUGGGACUGGCUUUUACAAAGUUGUUGCCUUAAUGUGUGUUGAGGGAAAUUCACCAAGGUCACCCCUGCCUCUGCCUGAUACAGACACACUGGACUCCACCUCCAGGUCCUGCUACUGGAGAGGAGUGCUGGCAUGAUGGGCUGCCACUAGGAGUCCCACGUGGAGGGGCUCAAAGCUGUGACCCCCUUGACAUUGUCCAUCUGCCUGGGACGGUUCCAUAUACAGUGCAGCGCACCCUGCGCUUCCAGCCCACCCCUGCCCAUUGCAAUCUUGUCCCCUGGCCGCAGCUGCGGCUGCAGCUUCCCAUCUGCGCUGUUGCCUUUGGCUGUCUUUGCACUUUUGUUCAUGCUCCAAAGAAUAUUUCAUAAUGCCUUCAUACUGAUGUGCACCCCGACCAUUUUGUACAUGCCCUUGGGCCACAGCGAAUGGCCUUCUCCUUUUGGCCAGAGUGCCGCCACCUGCACACAACGCUGUCUUCUAGGGAUAGACGCCCAGGGAAUGAACUCUAGUAUUCUAACUGACGAGCUGAGAUGCUAACUUGCUCAACAUGAACAGAAUGGCACUUGUGCUGCGUGAGCGGGCCAAUGUGUGCUCGCAGGGAGCUUCGGGCAUAAUCCCGCAGCAGGGAUGCAUGCAGAUGGUUCUGGAAAGUUUUGCUGCCACAGGGCUAAGUUCAGAUGCCCAGUGGACCUGUGCACUUAGUAAAACACAGUGAUUCAACUUGGA